UGCAGCGCCGGGGAUGGAGGGGGACGCCGGACCGCACCGCACCGGGCUGCGCCGCACGCCAGCGGGGAGCCAGCCCCGCUCCCGCAUCCCGCUGCCCUCCGUGAAGGCCAUGGGGUGUGGGGGUGUCCUGGCUACCCCAGAAGAUCCUGAGGAGCGGCAGGGUGCCCAGGGGAAAUGUCCCUGUCCCCCGGAGUGCCAGGAGCUGGCUGCUGUCCCCAUGCCACAAGCUAUAAAGCGUUUCCUGAAGGAGGACUCGGAGGAGGCUGAGCUGACCCAGUUCCUGCGGGAUUGCCCCCCGGCCGACAGCCCCAGGAAGGUGGAGCCCCCCGAGAGCCGGCGGGAGGCCGGCCACCCCCCCUCUGGCGUGGGCAGGGUCCCCUCUGAGGAAUCUGCUGACGAGAGGGACGCCAGGAUCCUCUCCCGGGCACGGCCCUCGGAUUUCCAGCAGCACAUUGCAGCCCCUCCGCCCCCCAGCCCCAACCGCCCACGGAGCCCCUGGGGACAGCUGGACCCCUACGACUCCUCCGAGGAUGACAAGGAGUACGUGGGCUUCGCCACGCUGCCCAACCAAGUCCAUCGGAAGUCGGUGAAGAAGGGCUUCGACUUCACCCUCAUGGUAGCAGGGGAAUCUGGGCUGGGCAAGUCCACCCUGGUCAACAGCCUCUUCCUGACGGACAUGUACAGGGACCGCAAGCUGCUGAACGCUGAAGAGCGCAUCACGCAGACGGUGGAGAUCACCAAGCACGUGGUGGACAUCGAGGAGAAGGGCGUCAAGCUGCGCCUGACCAUCGUGGACACGCCAGGCUUUGGGGAUGCUGUCAACAACACUGAGUGCUGGAAGCCGGUGGCCGACUACAUCGACCAGCAGUUCGAGCAGUAUUUCCGUGACGAGAGCGGCCUCAACCGCAAGAACAUCCAGGACAACCGCGUCCACUGCUGCAUCUACUUCAUCUCACCCUUCGGCCACGGCCUCCGGCCCCUGGAUGUGGAGUUCAUGAGGGCCCUGCACCAGCGGGUGAACAUCGUGCCCGUGCUGGCCAAGGCUGACACCCUGACCCCCGCCGAGGUGGAGCGCAUGAAGAACAAGAUCCGGGAGGAGAUUGACCACUACGGCAUCCGCAUCUACCAGUUCCCUGAGUGCGACUCGGACGAGGAUGAGGAGUUCAAGCUGCAGGACCAGGCACUGAAGGAGAGCAUCCCCUUCGCUGUCAUUGGCAGCAACACCAUCGUGGAGGCCAAGGGCCGGCGUGUCCGUGGGCGCCUGUACCCCUGGGGCAUCGUGGAAGUGGAGAACCCUUCCCACUGCGACUUCGUGAAGCUGCGGACGAUGCUGGUGAGGACUCACAUGCAGGACCUCAAGGACGUGACGCGGGAAACCCACUACGAGAACUACCGCACGCAGUGCAUCCAGAGCAUGACCCGCAUGGUGGUGAAGGAGAGGAACCGCAACAAGCUGACACGGGAGAGUGGGACAGACUUCCCCAUCCCUGUCAUCCCCCCGGUGCCCGACGCCGAGACGGAGAAGCUCAUCCGGGAGAAGGACGAGGAGCUGCGGCGGAUGCAGGAGAUGCUCCAGAAGAUCCAGAAGCAGAUGAAGGACUCUCACUAGUCCCCUCCUUCUCCUCCCCCUCCUUCUCCUCCUCCUCCUGCCCCUCCCCCUCGAUCAGAAAUGUUUACAUCGUGCUCCAUCCUGCCCCAGCCCUGCUGUGACACUCGGUACCAACACUGCACCCGUCACCUUAAGCUGCUGCGGUAUCGCCUUAUCCAUGGGGACAGCCCGGGGACAGGGACAGCCUGGGAGUCCCCUGUCCCAGCCAGGUCACUGCCCCGGCUGCCCCCCAACCCCACCAGGCUGGGAUUGCUUUGUUCCCCGUGGUUUGGCUUUCUCUGUUUCCUUCAUGGCUCUGGGGAGGGUCAGCAGCCAGCCUGUGCCCCACGUCGUGUCCCUUGUCCCCACGUCACCUCGGGCUGCCUGCUUACAGCCUUUGCACUCAGCUUAGCCCUGGCUUAAGGGAAGAGGGGAAGGAGGGGGGACUGGUCCCUGCUGUGGGGGACAGAGUAGCUCUCAUCUGGCCUUGGCUGGCACGGGGGGAGCAGCAAAUCUUGGGCA